GCCACUGCAAAGGGCGGUCCAAAGGGCGGUGGGGCUGGCUGACUGUCUGCCCACUGCCCAGAUCUCCGCAUAGAAUCGCCUUAAUUGACCAGGCUUGAUUGGCCGAAACCUGCAACUACUCCAAACCACUCACUCGAACCAUUCUCGACUGGAUAUUUCAACCUCACCGUUUGUCUUGACUCAUCUGGACACACAGCAACUUCAUUGACUGGUUGACUACUUAUCUAGUCGACCUCCCCCAAACACGGCCUUGUCCCUGAACGCGACAAAACCGGGCCCCACACAUCUGCUGCACUCUGCCGUGCUGUUCUCGACUCGAACCCGACUCGAUCCGGCAUACCCACCUCUGCCGCGUCCAGACGCACCCGAAUGCCCCUCGGGCUCGAAUAAGGGGUCCAGUUAGCCCAGCCCAGUGCCCAGCCGUCGCCGUCGCCGUCCCAACUUUCCAAACCCACGCCUUGCCAAGCUUGUCGUUGGCUCCCCACUCCAACAUUCCGGGCCUCCCCACUGCCAGCCCAUGCGCAUCCACGUCUGAUGUCAGGCCCGAUACAAAAAGAAAUACCCACAUUGACCGCCUCCUCGUCACUACCUGCAGAUUAAAUCAACGUCCUCCUCUAGUCUACUUUGCCCUACAACUCGUUCCUCGUCCCACCCACCUCCCACCUCGACCGCGCCUGACCUGUCCCGACCCGAAUACGUUUCUCGUCCUUCCCAGCUGCCCAACACUCGCACCGCAGCCCACGAUGGCCUCCUCCCCGGCGGCAGACGCCUCUGCCCCAGCAGACGAGCCCCCACCCAGGCCGCCCGUCAUCCCCCGAGGCCUCGGCAGGCUCUCCUCGGCCGUCUCCAUAAACGAGAUGCAGCGCCCCCGCAAGCUCAAGCUCCUCAUCGCCGCCAACGGGCCCAAGGACGUCGCCUGGGCCCAGACGCUGGCCGUCAGGCUCUCCAAGGAGUCCCAGAUCGUCGUCCGCGCCAUCGUCGACGACAUGACCCACCGCCUCGCCCAGGAGAUCGUGUGCUACCAGAACAAGUCCUUCAGCAACAAGGGCGACGGCUGCUCCCGCGAGGUCGACGACCUGCACUACCGCGCCUUCGAGCUGGUCGAGUGGGCCGACCUGCUGGUCCUGGCCCCCAUCGACGCCGACAACCUGGCCAAGAUGAUGGGCGGCCUGGCAGACACCCUGCUGCUCGAGGUCCUGCGCAGCUGGGACGCCUCCAAGAGGAUCCUCAUGGUCCCCGGCAUGUCCACCCACAUGUGGGAGAACCCCGUCACCAGGAAGCAGAUGGGCAAGCUGCACCGCAGGUGGCAGUGGGUCAGGGUCCUGCAGCCCAUCCUCUGGUCCUACGACGGGCCCGAGCACCACGGCGUGCCCAGGAGGGUCGCCAAGUGGGGCGCCCUCAACGAGCUCGUCACCACCAUCAAGAACCAGGCCGACCUCCUGUCGCUGGGCCACGACGUCGACGCCGCCACCCAGGGGCUCGUCGUCGCCAACAACAGCAGCAAGAACAAGAGGCCCACCGCCACCCUCCCCGCCGAGCUGUGGAGCAUCAUCUUCGAGCACACGGGCGACUGGGAGCUGGCCCAGGCCUGCGGCGUCUACACCAGCCUCCCCGUGCCCACGCACCUGGGCUGGCGCCUCGAGCCGCGCGACCCCCAGGACCCGCUGUCCGUCUACCAGCACGAGCUCGAGUGGACCAUCCUGGGCGCGAGCCCCGGCGCCAUCUGCAAGAAGCUGUCCGAGGCCCCCGACUCGUUCCGCGAGCUCAGCGCCCUCGCCAUCAAGCUCAUCUUCAAGUUCACCCUCGCCGACGUCCUCGGCUACGUCGAGGCCAACUGCCCCCACAUGUUCAAGUGCUUCGACGGCAAGACCAUCCCCACAAAGGCCUCGGCCUACUACGGCCGCAUCGAGAUCCUCGACUGGUGGGCCCGCAGCCCCUCCUUCCUGCAGAAGCAGUACGACAACGAGGCCGUCGACGUCGCCAGCCAGAACGGCUACGUCCACGUCCUCGAGUGGUGGCGCCGCUCCGGCCUGCCCCUCAAGUACACCGCCGCCGCCCUCGAGCAGGCCUCGGCCCGCGGCUACAUCCACGUGCUCGAGUGGUGGCGCGAGGCCUACCUGCAGAACCCGGCCGACAUCUCCCUGAAGCCGGGCAAGUCCAUCCUGGCCGCCGCCCAGUACGGCCAGCUGGACGCCAUCCGCUGGUGGGAGGGGUCGGGCAUCACCUUCGGCCACGAGGAGCAGGUGUGCAAGGUGGCCUCGCGGUACGGGCGCGUCGCGGUCCUGGAGCUGUGGCGCGGGCUCAAGGGCGACGACAAGCUCAGCUUCGACUGCUCCAUCCUCACCGAGCCCACGCUCUACUCGCACACCGGCGUCCUCGACUGGUGGCUGCGCUACGCCCACGGCGAGCUGCCCGGCAUGGACGGCCGCCGCGCCAAGAAGGUCGAGUACCGCAUGAUGGACAUUGAGGAGUCGCUCGAGGACGCCCUCGGCGACCAGACCGAGGUCCGCCGCUGGUGGGCCGAGAACGGCCUCAACCUCGGCAUCGGCACCACCGCCUGGAUGAAGGCGAGGGAGCUCUAGGGGGGGGGAUGCGGAGAGGUGCUCACCUUUCUUGCCGUUGGAUCUUUUUCUUUUUUCGUCUUUGUUUUCUGCUCACUGCUGGGGGUGAUCCGUAUAUAUACAUACACAGAUGCACAUGCGUUCUCUUUACUACGGCCAGUCACACCGGCGCAUGAGGCAGGAAAGGAAAGGGGGUUGGGUUGGGUUGGGUUGGGCAUUCGUCAGUUACUUGAUAGCCCUGACACACAACGGUCUGGCGGCAACGCGAUGAUGGGUUUUUGGUAGGCAGGGGGCAGGCGUUUUGCAUUCUGCAUUCAUAGCAAGGCGUCUGGGUAGGCUAGGUAGAUAUCAAAAUGUCAAAUCAAGGAUCGAAUUUUGUUCA